AUGGUCCUGCAAGAUAUUGAGAGAACACGGUGCGACAAUUGCAACAAGCGCCAAAGGGACAUGGUUUACAACACGAUACAUAACAAAAAGUUCAAGGCAAAUGAGCUCCAAAUAGGCAGAUUAUUAGGAAGUGGAGGUUUUGGAUCCGUUUAUGAGGCGAGCUACAGAGGUGAGCGGUUGGCCGUUAAAAAGCUCCAUCAAACAAAGAACGAAAGAGCCGCACAGGAAAGUUUCGAGGCUGAAGGUUCGAUUCUUCAUUUCAACCAUCCGAACAUUGUUCGUUCACUUGCGGUGCUCACGUUAUGGGGCGAAACUCGCUGUAUUAUUAUGGAGUUCGCAGGCGAGAGAAACUUGCAGAACGUUAUAAAUGAUCCUUUUGAGGAGCUGGACAGAAAUCGACGAGUGAAAUUCUCUUUAGACAUUGCUACAGCUCUACAGUUUGCUCACCAGCAAGGCAUAGCGCAUCUAGACUUAAAACCACGAAAUGUCUUAGUUACGGCUGAAGAUCAUUGCAAAUUGGCAGAUUUUGGGUGCUGCAGGGCGGUGAACGAAAAUGAUAUACCAGCGAGCCCGACAAAGUCAAACCUGACGGGAACAUAUGCUUACAGGGCACCGGAACUUUUAAAGGGAGAAAGCCCGAGCACAAAAGCGGACAUUUAUUCGUAUGGGAUCUGUUUGUGGCAAAUGCUUACACGAGAACAACCAUAUGGCAAUGAGAAUCAACACGUAGUUAUUUUCGGGGUUGUAGCUUAUCAGCUGCGACCUGAAUUAAAGGAAGACAUUACAGGAGAUGAACAUUAUGUAAAUUUAAUCAGACAAUGUUGGCAAGCAGAGGCCAAAUUUAGACCAGUAGCCUCAGAGAUUGUCAAUACACUCCAACAACUCAGAACUGAAAGCGAAUGCAGCAGCCAUGAACUUUUAGAGAAAAGAAAAGUCGCGGAUGCUAUUUCACCUUUGCUUAUGUGUGAUACUCAGGUGUGCCUUGACAAGGCUAGACUAUUCUAACCGUGAGCCAAUUUAAACAGCAGUGCUGUUUGAAUGGACAGCCAGGACAUGUUUUCCAAUGCAAAUUUUUACGCUUUUCUUAAAAGUGACAAGAGGAUAUAAAUACGCCGUAUGGCUACAAAAGACGUCGCGGGAGAACAUGUUUAUAAGACAGAGAGAUUUAAUUUUCUUUUUUGUACGAAAUAGAUGGACUUAUACUGUAAAACGUCUUGAUAUCAAAAACGCUUCUGCCUGAAAGAUAAUAUUUUGUGAAUUUACAAUAAAAGAAUGCAGUGUUUUGCAAAUUAAUUUCUCGUGUGUUUGAUUUUCUGCCGCCCCAUGCAUGGUUAAGUUCCUGACCACGAUAUUUAGCUUGCAUGAUAGCCGCCAAAGUCGCUCACGAAAUAUCUCCAGCGUAGCCUUUGUUUAGCUCUCGUCGGAAGGUUUUUACACCACUUUCUGCAUUUGUAAUCAGUGGUUAGACAUUUCAGACCUUUUCAAAAGAUCGCCGAUAAAUGCAAACAAAGGACGCUGGGCCGUUGAACGGUUUUCCUUCAGUAAAUUAAAAAAGAUUAAAAUCUCGAGAGAGUUUUAAAACGCGUCAGUUGGUUGCAUCAGGUUUUCUUUUAUUUUGGCUCGCGCUCCAUUAUUUUCUAAUUUCCCCCUGAGACGUUUUUGUUCGAGCCACGUUCUUGUGACUGUUGCAAAAGGAUCGACGCUGGCAAAUUUUUUAGCCCUGCAAAUAUUUGAAAGAGUACGGCCAUUAGAAGUAAAGUAAAGUUUUCUGCAAAAUCAGUGCUUACAAAUGAGCGAAACAUAAAAAAAAAAAUCGCGCGUGAAACCCGCGAAAUCGCGCGCGCAGGUAAGAGGAACAUUAACAAAGAAGAAAAUAAAUUUGCAUUCCAUGCACAAAAAAUCUCUUUGUAGGUGACCAGCUGUACUUGUUCAUUAGAAUCAAUAAUGCCUUUUGCAAGCACCGUGCAGAGAUACCCAGUAUAGUCAAGCACCAAUUUUUUAUUGUUAUAGUAUCACCUGUCGGAGGCGUGGAACGCAUUGAUCUUUUGAAUGGGUUUCAACGCUGAUUGGUCACCGAGACAAUGAAGUCAAUUUUCUUAAUAGCCGACGCGUGCCACAGCGCGAGCUAGUCAUUUGCAAAGCCAUAAAAAUCUAAAAAAUCCAACGAAACAAUCUACGACUUUUAACGAAAGCCGCAGUGAGCGAGCCAUUAUACUUUAUUUAGAUUAGCAACCGCGGAAGCAACACUGGAUAAAUGGUGUGUAAUUGGAGCUGUCCCCGUGCAAGGACUAGGGAACACUAGACACCGUGGCUACAUUCACGGUAAUCGCGUUCCGACUCUGAAGGCCCGACGCAGUUGGAUCGACGAGUGUUCGAAGGUCUGCAAAUCGCUUCUACACAAGCAGCAUCAUUAAUUGUAUUAAGUCAAACAGUCAACCAAUAAACUGGAUCAACGGGAAGCCAUUCAAAAACAUCCAUGCCUGCUGCGUUUGCAGGUAUUACACCGCCAUUAUCUAUGCAGAAAACGAGCAAACAGCUGAACUUUCAAAAUCAAACGUAUUAUGAUCAUAAACGCGCCCAAUCCAAGUUAAGGCGUGCUGAUUUUGAGCAGAUUACUCUGGCAAUAGUUUCGUCCCAAUGGAGGGUGAAAAUUCAUCAAUUUUUUCGCCCUGAAAGAAAUCAAACUUUCUUAUUACACCCGGAAGAUACGAGGGAAACAUCGUUCUAAAGCAAACAUUGAACUUAAUUUUCCUUGAGGCUGUUUGAAAAAGGUUUUCCGAAAACAAGAAAAGUAAAUAAAGAAAAGUCAGUUUCUUGAUGGACUCUUUCUAUUUUACAUCAUGUUAUCAGGGCGUGAUUAAUCACCACUCCAACUUUUUAAUCUUCUGAAUAAAUCCUAUGGAAAAAAAGUCUCUUUGGCAGAGCUUUUACAAGGUACUGUUUACUUUUCAGGAUUUCGCAAAACGAAAUUUGAAUUUUUUGGUAAUGUUUUUUCUUUAAUCUUUAUUAAGAGUGGGAGACUUAAUAGAGUUCUGAAAUUUCUUUUGUUUCCAACGUACAGAAAAUACGCUGUCGCUAAGCAACAAGGCGUCUCUAGUUUAGCUGCUAAUUUAAGACGUUGCUUAGGGGAAGUGUGAAAUUUGAUCAAGUGAGAUUGUCAGCCAAACAAACUGCUUCUCUCGGGAACAACCAAUAGAUAUUCCCGCAAGGUUUGUAAUUCCGAGAAAAUAUAAUUUACCACUGGAAGAAAAACGAGAUAAUUACUGUGUGCUGUAAAAUAAAUUCAAAACGUGUUCUUCGGUUUGUGAGUAUAUACGCUUAGGAAAUUUUUUAAAAACCAAGUAAAAACUACACUACUGAGUAUUUUUAAUAUUUGUCUUUUUCAAAAGAGCUAAAUUGAAACGGAGAAAAUGUUAAUCAAGCUUUCGAUGACUGAAGGAAAUGAGCUUAAACUUUGAGCUUAGCUGUCAAAAGAGAUCGUGAUUUGUGAACAGUCUUCAAAUACUAGAAUCAAGAAAACUACCGGUCUUCAAAAAUGCUUUCUUAUUACGGCCUGAAAGCUUCCGUACUCUUGCAUUGUUUCUCUUCUAUAAACAACUCCUACCUCAAGUAUAAACAAUAAUACUUUGACGGAGAAGUUUUGCCACCAAAAGAAAGUGAGCUUAUUAACGACAGUUCGGAUCGAGAGCAGGUGAAUUUGAAGUAAAAACCACUGGAGCGCAGAAUGAGAUAAAGUAAAUGCAAAGACACGAGCGACGCGAUGACAUUGAAAAUGAAUUAUGCUAGAGCUAAGAGCAACAGAUGGUGUAAAAGGGCACAAAAGAUUAUGAAAAGAAGAAAAUGGCAUAAAGAGAAAAGAAUUUCAGAAAAUAUCGAGCACGUUACCAAGUAACGACAAGAAACACAAGCAGAGUUUAGUUGAAGGUCAAGCAGCAUUGCGGACGUCUUACUUGGAAGAAAACAACAUAUCUUGCAGUACUGGAAAAGAUAUAAGUAAAAAAAUGUACCAGAAUUCCAAGGUUCUGAUAAAAGAUACCAGGGUUAGAAACGAGAAAGCAGCUUUUUUUGUUUCAGCGAAGGAAAAACGACUUGCGUGCGAUCAAAUUUUACAUUCAACUUGCAAUCAGAAAUCAAGAGCGUAGAAUCUCUCUGUCGCUGGUGCACACAAAGAAUUCGCAGAGCAUAAUUUUUUGCAAUUACUUUCACUUCCCGGAGUAAAAGAUCAAGGAGAAAGCCCCGGCUUUUGUCUUCUUUAUAGGUUAAAAUUAGUUGUAUUGAGAUCCAGUUCGCGAAGUAACAGCAAGUGAGGCGCGCGCCGCUUUUAUUUAUGUGUAAAAUUUUACACAUUUACAAUAACUACCGCUUGCAUUGCAGCUGCCGUGUAGGCUUAACAAAAAAAGAUGUAUUUCUACAGCACGCGGGACAUUGUUUUGUGACAACUUCAAGAAUUUGACCCCAAACGAAAAUGUACAAAAACGGCUGGAACGAACUACAGCGUAAAACGUUUCCGAGCAUCGCAAGAUGCACUGAGAAGUGACCACAAAGAGACAUAUGGUCGUUGCUAUGCGAAGGUCGUUAGCGGCUUUAGAAGAUUGCCAUAUGCUUCUCUGACUCUGCCGUUGCUUCUUUACAGAAGUCUGUUAAUUCUCACGGGGAAUUAAAGUUCACGAUUACGUUUACAAAGUGGUUUGUCUUUGUUGCUGUGGCAAAGCUAUUAGGUCGGUGUCUAUACUGUACCGCAUCAUAUCCUACCAGGAUUGUCUGAAGAAAAUAUUUCUUCUUUCAGGUAAAAUACAUGGCAAUAAUGAAAAUAGGCGAUUAUAAAAAUUUUGCAUUUCUUCGCUGGCCACUAAGAGAUUAUCCACUAGUUACAAACAGGAAUAAGGUGACUUGAUUGCUCUAUUCACAACCUCCGGCUAUUCUCUCAUUCACAAAUUGAUGGUCAAUUAGGUGGACACUGUAUUCAUAAUGAUGGUCAAGAGAGGAUGAAAACCUUUUUAUCUUGUGUUAGUAAGGUAUUAGUAUAUAAUGUCCUACACUUUAUCUUUAAGCUUGAAGGGUUUACGCAUGAUAGAGAAGUGUAACACCAAAGUCUUUUCCAAUGAAAACUUUAACAUCUUCUCUAAAAGAUUAUGUCUAACAGAAAUUUAAAAAAAGCGACAAUUCUUACAAAAAGCUGUUGGAGAAUGAUCGACUUUUUUGAUGCAAUGUCGUACGGAGUUACAUAAUGUCGUUCACCAAGAUAAAAAGAAUCGUUGCGGAUUUUGUACGGAGCCUUUCAGACCUUUUCUGUUUACCAAAUAAAUAUAAAUCCAUCUCCUUUACGCUUUGUAUGGUGAAGCGGUCGCUGUACGACAAUAUACAGUCGACCGGAUAGUCCGAAAAAAUCCUCGGUAUGUCAGCGGAGACUAGCGGGAUGAGGCCGAUCUGACUUCUGGGAUGCUAAGACGGAGUUGAAAUUUACGAAGGAUGGACUCUGGAAGCGAUCGAAGUUUAUUUUCCUUUUUGUCGGAAAACUUGCCGCGUCUUUCGAAGCGCCAUUUUUUCGUUUUAACAGGAACAAAAGUUUUGUUUUUAUUAGUCUAUUACCAGAACUUAACGGACUUGUUAGAUAGAAGGUUUGUAAUGUGUACAAUUGUUGAUAACCAAAAAAUGGGCCAUUUCCGAGUUCUCCCUAGCCUCCCACGCAGGCGUUUUUAGGGGAGCUCGUAUUUCUUGCUUCCCCACAAGAAAUGCGAGCUCCCCUAAAAACGCCUGCGUGGGAGGCUAAGUUCUCCCGGGCCUCUGUAUCAAAACUUGUAAUCAAAAGGCGAUAAAGCUCAAGAUUUGCAAUUGCGAUGUGAAUCACUAAGCUGGGUUGACAGGCACAUGCACCCUGUUUGGGGGGUGGCUCUAUUAACUUAAUACAUCUAGAAACUAGCCUACGAGCAGGUUCACUGCACUGGUUGGCGGCCGACGGCCGCCAGCGGGGGAAAAGGAAUGGGCCGAGGAAAAGUGACUUCUCUCGCCACAGGGUCCAGAGGAGAUUUGUUUGUCGUUAGAACAUCAGUAGAUUUAUAAAGAUGCCAUUGGGCUAAUUAAUCGUGCUAAGCGACACUGGUAUAGACAUUUUUCAAGGUGAGACUUUAAAUAAGUAAUUCAUUUAUUCAUUUAUUCACACGAAAUUCCUCUGAACCCUGUGCUCUCGCGCGCGCCCAAAAAUCUUCCCGGACAUCUCACAAGUAACUGGACACGGAAUUUAUAUGAGAAGCUGACAGAACUUAGUUUUAAAGAUCCGCACAGAAAACUGUUGUAAGAUUCUAACCAGAACAGAUUUAAAGUUCUAUUAGGAGAGACCGAAUUAUAGUUAGAUAAAACCUCUGCGUGGAAAGUUAAUUUAUAGCAAAUUCGAAUUUUUAACGUUAGUGACUUUAAGUGAUGAACCCCACCUAAAAAGUGCAAUAUAUAUAAUUUUUCUAACAGCAACGAGUGUACGGUGUGUCGACAUUAAGUAUGGGGCUGGAACAAUAAAAUACAGAGCUCAGUGGUAGACGACCGUCUCGCCAAGGAGUUUUUUUAAAGGCAGUGCUCAAUAUCGUUGGGAAAACAUUUGGGGGAGCAGGGAUGGCGGAGUGGUGAGAGCACUCGCCUUCCACCAAUGUGACCCGGGUUCGAUUCCCGGACUCGACGUCAUAUGUGGGUUGAGUUUGUUGUUGGUUCUCUUCUCUGCUCCGAGAGGUUUUUCUCCGGGUACUCCGGUUUUCCCCUCUCCGCAAAAACCAACAUUUCUAAAUUCCAAUUCGAUCCGGAAUGCUCGAGCGUUUAAUACAUGAGCCCCGGGCUCGGGAGAUUGGGCAACCACUCCUCACGCUAUCGAGCUUAAAUAAAAUAAAUUUAAUUUUUUAAUUUCUCUGUUUCUAAACGGAUUUCUUUGCAUGCGUACGAACCAACGGAACUGAAAGUGGAUAAUAGAAAUAGCGAUCUAGACAUCUUCAGAGAGAGAGAGAGAGAGAGAGAGAAUGAAAAAACUACAAUUACCAAAAUUAUUUGCAACACAAAAAGUUUACUGUAUCGAAGACGCUCAAAAGAGCAAUUCACUAUAAACGAUCACAAAACGAACAAAGAAACGUUCUGACCAGAAGCUAACUAAUCAUUAACCGCCAAGUUUUAAUAUCAAGAUUCAAGUGGUUCAAAACAAACUUUGUGAAUUCACUGAAUAUAGAUUCUGCGAAGUUAAUAGAUAGUUCACUUAGCAAGAGACCAUCGUGUAUACGCUGUCCGCAGCGUGUUCUAGUUGACUUCAUUUCAAGGUUAUACUAUAUAACCGCAUGACAUCAUUUUCAAUUUACGAAGUUAUAUGUAAAUGCUCGAAAUUUUAACUCUGAAGACGAAUCAAUUUAUUAUGCUCAUCCAGAAAUUUAGCCACUGAGCCUUUUUUUCUAUAUGUGGUCUGGAGUGACAUUUUGAAGUGUGCCCAUUUUUCUAUUGAAUUACUUCAUGAGUUGUCAAAUUUUCCGAACGUACAGUCGAUAUCAUCGUUGUUGCCAGUUUUGGAUCGUUACUUUUCUGAAAUUUGUCCAAUUUGUUGAUCACAAAGGGAUGCACUCUUAAAAAAUAGCAACGAUUGAUAAGAUGAUUUAAAAUUAAAAGUCGCGAAACUGCAGUAGUUUAUAAUCACAGACAGGCCAGAGAAAAUGCUGCGUGCAAAAAACUAAUAAACUUAAAAACCCCUGAAGUCACUAUUAACAGCAAGUGUCCAUAUACUUCAAAUGUCGAUCAAUACAGCGACAGUUUAACAGAACUCUUAAGUGAUUCUAUAAACAACCUGAAUUAGUGACAUUCCAGGUAUAUUGCUUCAGCAUAGUAAAGAUUGAUUAAUGCCGGAUAUUCACUAAUAUAUCUAAGAAAGAAGAAUUAUAACCGUCUACAGCUGCUGUGCUGCAGGCAUAAAUGACAAUCGAGUGAUCAGGAGUAUUUGCAAAAAACAGCUAUAAUAAUAACGUACUGAAAAACUGUGUUUGGAAGAUCGUGCUAACCAGUUUUUCCCUCCUGGUCUAGACUUGGUACAAGUCGACCUAGGUCUUACCCGAACGCAAAAAGAGCGAGCGAAGCCACCUUCACAAAGGACUUUUAGAAAAUCUACUCCUAGUCCUUCCAUGUCAUUUUCUCAGUAAACCUCAACCACGUCGAUCCUCAAAUGCCAUCCGCUAGUAACAAUUUUAGUUUCAAAGAAGGCACUGGCAGUUAAUAUUAAAAUAAACAAAUCCCGCGAUGAGUCUCAGUAAAAGUUGCAUUGUGAUCCCCCAGGGAUAUGCAAUGAAGCAUUCCUUCUCUGUAAUAGUUUUUGAGUGCAUUAAUGCAUUACUGAAGUUCAAAAAGCUUGCGCUGUUCGGUCAUUUUUACACGAAACCGACUUGACUGCCGGCUUUGCUUUUAAUUUACAGUUAAGUUGCAGUUGAACACACCGGCUUAAACUCAGUUUUUGCAAAAAGGUUCCAGCAAUGUUCUUCCCCGACAUCAACGAAGAGUAGCAGUUUUUUCUAGUAAGAGACAAAGAGCCCAAAUUUAGUAAGUGUAUAAAUCAUGUUAAGGCAUGGACUUCCGCGAAAAGAUCAUAGCGGAACUAAGCCGAAUAGCUCGUACACUUUUUUUAUUAUUUUAAGUCUCGGAAAGAAUGUUAUCAAUAUAACAACGUCUUAAAUAAAACGAGCUUCCUGUAGUUCUAAGAAAUGACUCCAUGAAUAGCUAAAUUGCAAGCGAGAACAUGUUUGUCUGAUUAUUCCAAUGUUAAAUUCUAAUUUUAGCCUAGCUCACGGAUUGAUCACCUGUAAUACUCUCUGAUAUUUUACAGUGGAUUUCAAAUUGGCCAACCCCUUUAAAAGCCACCCUGGAAAUCCUCAGGUGUGUUUAAGAAGACUGUUAAGAAACGUAGAUAUCGCAUGGUACGUUUUCAGUGGAACAAUUAUCCAGAAAAUGCGGUAAAUAAUUAAUUUCGCCGGGUAAAGAUACUGUUAUUUAUAGCGCAAUAAGAUUUUAAUAGCUAUCUCGAGCGGUUUAAAACAGGUCAACAACAACAACUAUGAAACUUUGAUACACAUUCUUUAUAAAUACAAUCUUGAAAAAAAUCCAUAGGUGCUUUAGUUUUCUUUAUUGGAGGUCGGCCUCGUUACUGUUACUGUAGUAAAUCUGCUGACACGCAUGCUUAUGUUUUUUGAGAUUUAGAAUAUCGGUUGUUUACAGAUCACGCAUAAAUCAAAAACCGAAUAGGUCAAUGACAAACACGUUUCAGUUUUUUUUUUCUUUUAUGCGUUGGAAUAGUUAGGAGAUGUCUCAGUCCAAAUUUGCCUGAAAACGUCUAGAAAAAAAAACGAACUAGAAAGAACGUCCAUUAUUGCAAUAACAGGAUUUUUCCGAAAAUAGAAAAACAUUGUAACAAAAAUAACCAAAAACGUGUCUGUUUUGUUGUUGUUAAAUCAAUAUCCCCCAGUACGUCGGCUAAUUCUACAACUGAUACACUUUUUUUUCUUUUAGAAUAUAUUUUGUAAGAAUAUCGAGGCUCAAAUUUGCGAAAUUUUAAGAAUACUUUAAAAAUAAACCAGCAUAAAAAAACAGCUUUUUUACAUAAAAAAGCAGAAUUUUUACAAAAAUAUAUAUAUUUCUGUAAAAAGCAGGAUUUUUACAUAAAAAACGGCUUUUUAAAGGCUGUUUUCUAUAACAUGGUUUGAAUAUUACUGAACUGUAGUUUUCAUGCGCUUCUAAAACUAUCAGACACUCAUGUUCCCGUGUCCACACUACAAGAAGCAAUUAUUCUGGGGCUUUUAAAUUCCAUUGUUAACUCGCUGAAAGCAUUAAAAGUUUAUGUUUUUUUUAAUGUUAUCAGGUCUUGUUUCCUUUGGCGUUCAGUUUUCCAGUUGUUGGACGCGAAGAUGAAACAGGCAGUAAUUUCAUUUGUGAUGUUUAUCGGCCGAAGUCAUACAAGGCAGUAACUGCCUGUUUAUUGUUAGGCAAUAAUAGCGGAGCUCCACGCGCGCGCGUGGGCGGAGCCCCAUAGCUAAGUAAAUCUACCCAUCCCAGAAAAUUUGGUAAUCACGUGACCGUACACGGACCGCCCGAACGACCGUCCAUCCGCACUACAGGGACACCAAUGUUUAAUCUCACACUUGCUAACUAGUUUGGGAGCCUAGGUGCAACCUGAUUUUACACAUCCAUGUUGUGAUCAAUUGACAGCUGUCAAAACAGGGUAUCCGCUGACCAGUAUCACUUGACCAUAUCGCAGGCUCACCAUCAAAGUCGAGUAUUUUUUGAAGUUAUCCGCUGACAAGUUACUAGCUUUCAAAUGAUCACAGGCUGUAUAUAAGGGCACAACAUUUUUAAAAAUUGAGCAUUAUACAGCAAAUACAAAAGCAAUAAUCGCUUAUCAAAGUUUACCAGUUCAUUUUUUGUUUUGAUGCUCUCAGUACUGGACGAAUUAUAACUCCAUUUCUAGUAUGAAAUCUUCAGCAAUUAUCUGAAUAACAGCAAUUGUUAGGUAAUUUCCUAUAUUAUGUUGCGCUAAAUUUCUAUCACGGGAUUCAUGCUAUGUUGAAAUCCAUGUUGUUAUAUUCCUAGAUUUUCACUCAACUAAACUGGGACUGCCAUUGGUUGAUUCUUGGUCACAUGGCCUUGACUAAAAUCAAAUAUACGCCGAUCGUGAUACAUUAAGCAUGUACCCUGCUUGUGGAAAGUGGAGUGAAAACCAAACAACUGCUCCAUGAUAGGAAGACUGAACACUUCAAGUCCCUAACAAAAAAUGAUCACUCUUCAGCUAUUGCUGACCAGGUCACUGCCACCGGACAUAACAUUAAAUUGGAUCACUUUGAAAUCUUAGCAUCUGGCAAAACAGAUUAUCAUUGUAAGAUAAAACACUGUUUAUACAAGACCUUACGCCAGCUUUUAAUGUCAACAUCAGCAGUAAACAGCUGAAUCUUUAUUAGCUGUUGCCUUUUUUAUUCAUUACUGUUAAGAAUUUUUAAAUUCUUAAUCUCAUUUCCAGAACCCUUGUAAUUUUGGAAUACAUAGUCUUGUCAUUUUCUUUAACAGUCACUUAAGAUCACUUUUGAAAAUAUAUGUUGAAUAGCAUACGAAAUGUCAAGUAUAUAAAAAUGCGAAAACUCAGAGAGAAUGUCUAUCACUGCUGUUUGUGAUUAUUAGUUUGAAAUUUAGCUCAUUUUUUCCCAAAAUCGUACAGUUUUUCAGGCAUUUUUGCAGGUAUUUAGUCACUGGCAAAGACUAUUCCAUCAUUACAAUGAUGAAUACACAUUUUGAUGGUAUGUAAAUCAUCUAAGACUUCACAUAAUGCCCUACGCAAUUCCCAUGACUGUCAUAAUUUGGGGGCUGGAUCGAUUUGUGAGGUGGGGUGAGGGAAGGUGGGGGUUUGUUGACAUUCGGGGGAGCGGGGUUGUAGUGCAAGAGAUAGAGUCUCCAGAUUUUAGAUCUCCAAAGGUUCGCAUCUCUGAGAUGUGUCAGCCUGUGGCUGAACCCAAAGCAGCAUCUGUUAUCCAGGCAACCCAUCCUCCUACCUGGGCUUAAAAUUCUUGCCCAAAUCACAAAUCCACAUUUCGAGAACCUCAUAAAGGAAUGAGGCCCCCUGAGCCCUGGAUCCGCCACUGGUUCCGCUGAUAUUUCAUUUUUCUCAACUUCCAGGUAUAUUUCUCGCUCAGAAACAGCACACUUGCCUCCACAAGUUUAAUAUUCUUAACGUCUAAAAAUUCUUGCAUUGCAAAGAAUAUUUUAUUGAGCGAAAACAAACCAAGUCGACAACAGCCGCCUACUCCAAAUUGGAAUGUUUGGCGGCAAAACAUGUCAUGCAUGUUAGAAACCAAUGAGAACAUGUUUUUUCCUCACGUGUACACGCUUAGAGGCAACCGACGGUGAUAGGUAAGGGCUUUUAAAUUAGCUACAGGGCGAAGAGAGUUUACCUUAAGUUAUUGACUUACUUUACGCUGUAACUCUCCUAAAAUCCACACUUGAAAUAUCACCUACAAAAAUCAGUGGCGAAAAUAAAAAUUAUUGUACAAAAUGUUUUAUAUCAAAGCUGCAAUUUUCUGAAUUACCUGCUAUAGGUGAAUAAGUCGAAUGGUCGCCGCCAUAUUUUAAACUUCACACUCGGCCUCGUUUUGGACGAGUGAUAUGAUUGGCUUGUUAGCUUGUUUUGCAUGAGUCGCGUGAAAUUCGAACCUCACAAAGAACGGAACAAGAAAGCAUCAUGGCGGAUCAUGUUUACUGGCUAGCUGAAGAAAAAUUGGAUAAAUUAUCUGACGUUUUAAGCUUGUUUAGGAGUCAUAGUGGGUGGAAAAGUAAGUUAGGUACCUUCAGAUUGUGGUACAACUUUCCUUAACUAGUUAAAUCGCAGAGAGAUAUCAUACUAACGAAGGAGAGUCUAAAAAUUUAUGACACAAACCCUACGGUGUAGCUUGAAACUCGGAAUACUUCAGAUGAUGCACUUCUCUUUAAAUCGUUAAGUUUUAGUGUAUAACGCUUUAAUUUUCGGUCUAUAUUUUACUAAAUGAACGUGAGAGACACUCCAGUUUUCAUAAUAUCGACCCUAGCGUUACCGCGUCCAGAUCGUCGUACUUCAUUAUAAAAGCCUUGUUUUCAUAUCCUGCCGACCUACCCGCGACAUAGCCGCCGUCACUGCUUGGCAUACUGUUCCCACAUAAGGUUAUGUCGCCGGCUACCCUGGGUUCCAAAGGAAAUUUUUCCUUAUAGAUACUAAUGGUUCGCGAGGAAGCCGCGUCAACGAGGCGCGAAGGUUUAUUUCAUAUUAGGUAUUUUGAGAACUGACUUCUAGAGCCAGGUUAGUCACCGGUAGCAAGAAACAGGUCUUCUCCGCCACCUUGCAUGCCAGCGAGGCUGACUUGAGUCAACUUAACGGGCAUGCUUGCCGUCGGUUAAGUUGUUGCCAGCUACUCAACCUUUUUUUCUCGUAUAGUACCAUAACAGUACCGGUGGCAAAUGGGAACCUGGCUGUGUCUUCUGUGAGACCAGACACCGACGUGGCGCAUUUCCAGAUAGUUACUUACUUCAUGACAAACGCAAACUUACCCCCAACUGUAGCAAAAUGGGUAAUUGCAUUUAAUAUCUGCCCCCCCCGGUUGAGGACCUACCUUUUCUUUUUACCCCGGCGCCCAGUUGUUUGAAGGCCGAUUAUCGCUAAUCCUGGGUUAAAUUUUAAUCCGGGUUUCUCUUUCUUUUGUUCAAAAGCAUUUUCUUGACUAAUUUUCUCUAUUCUUUUUAGAGCAUCAUAUCAUCAAACAAUAGACGAAAAUUAUCAAAAUGAGUUUGCUUUUAAAGGGUAAAUCUCAUGAACUGUGCAUGUGCAAGCCAAAGUGCAACACUUGAAAAAUUCUGCAAAAACAUGGUGGCCACAAGUGGUGGAGCCUACCCUGGGUUCCGGAGGUUAUUUUUUUCCUGUCUAAUUCCUGAAGCACAGUUUAUUUCAUCCUAGGUAUUUUGAGAACGGACCUCUGGAGCUAGGGUAGGUGGAGCCAGCCAUGGCAGUAAUACAUCAGUCAAUUCCAGCUGCACCCAGCUGCCACUAUUAGCAGUUUUUUGCCUUGGAUAAUUUAAUUUGAUUCAUUAACCCCCCAAAAAUUGGAUUCACGUGUUAGCUUCCGAUUUCGCUAUGUAAUUCUGGCUUGGUAAGCAGUAAAGAAAUGCAUGCAUAAAAUCGAGAACAUGCCUCUACAACCCUCUGUAAUGACAGAAAAUCUUGAGGAAAAUCCUCUGUGUAGUUAUAUUCGGAUGCCUCGUGUCACAACCCUCUGUAAUUUUUUCCUGUCCUUGACAGAUUGAGCCAAUCAGGCCGUUGUAAGAAAAAUUUUUUUGAAAGAACACGCCGUGAAAAAUUCCUCGUGAAAAUUUCACGCAGUGAAAAGUUUAUAAUGGCCGUGAAAAUAUUUCAUGCCGUGGAGUCACCGUGAAAUUUAAUAUCACGUCGUCAAAAACAUUGUUUUCAAAAGUGUAUUGUUUUGAUGUCAUGCAAGCCUUUAUUUGCCCAGCAGGAAGUAACAAAAGCCAGUGUUUUGAUUUUUGAUUUUUGAUUUUCGGCAAAACAGAUGAAAUCGCCAAAAAGGGACACCGAAGAUCGCCGAAGAUAAUCAACAACUGCAUGAUUCCGUCUUUGUAUUCUCUAAAUUUACAACCAAAGUAUCGUUUAAAAUUUAAAAGAAUUUGGAAGCUUUUAUCUCUUCCAUGAAGUUAUGCAAAUGCUAGACUCGGUGGCGACAAGAUGAAGAAAUAUGUAACGCAUGUUUUGAUAUUGCGUGAUAUCUUUUGGAUUUAUUUCAUUUUUACCCUUCUGUUCAGAUCGUUGUAACGGCGAAAUUUUGAGUAUAACAUUUAACAAUGAGACAAGGAACUUGAAAUGGAGCAUGAUAAAUCAAGUAGAGUUUGCGCGUGUGAUGGAUGAUGAUGGGGCUACAAAACUGCAGAUAAGAUCAGUCACUUCACUGCAAUGCGCGUCGACACAGACGACAAUUAUCCCGGUUUUAGGAAUGGCAGUAAUAGUUAGUCUUUCCGCAAAGAAUUUCGUUAGGUGAAAACCUUGCCAUGUUUGGUAAAUAACUAAUCGUCUCUGACAUCGACAUUGGGAAAAUUUGCACGUUGAGGAGAAGAAAAAAAAGAGCCAAAAGUCACCGACUGUUGCAGUUACAGACAAUGUAAACAAUGCAAAUGAACAUGAAACACACGCAGUUCCGAUCGUGCAUAUCUAAUAAAAUACUUGCCAUGAACACAUAAAAAUAUCGACAAGAAAUUGUGACUAGUUUGAUUGUGAUUUGUGGCUUUACAGGCCUGAACGCGGAAUAGUCUGAAUACGCUUUUUUAUAUUUAAAACGGCUUGAAUAUGCUGAGAGAAAUAUUAUUUUUUGCGUGGGAUCAACUUCCACAAAUUUAGUUUGACGUGACCAGGUAUUCUCGUUUUUUUCCAGCUCGAAAAGGGGCGAGAAAAAAUCCAUAAGCCCCCUUUUCGCAUGAAGGGUCACAAAUACAAUUUAAAUGAGAGUGGUAAGAACUAUUUUGACAGUCAUUUCCUGAGCAUGCGCAGCUCAUGCCGAUCAUGAGACUACCCCUUUCAGCUUUCAGAUUUGAAUUCAAAUUUCACAGGAUCUUAACCAGCUUUUAACAACCCAGUCCUGAAGAUUAAAUAAAAUUGCAUUCACCCAGGGCUGAAGACUUCCAAAAAAUAUGGGUUUACCUCUGAAGAAUUUCGUGAAAAUUAAUGUGCCACCCCUAAAGAAUUCCAUAUUUUUUUACUUUACCCCUAAACAAAUCCUCAAUUUUUAUAACUCACUCCUCAAGAAUAACAUAGUUCCUCAACCAUGGGUGGUUUGGGUACGGGUAUUUAAUACAAAAGCCUAAUUCAAUACACAGAUCUAAUGGGGCCUAUUUAAAAAUAGCCUGCGUACGGCGGUCCCUUUCCAGAUUUGAUCUUAAGGGGAGGGGGCGCUUGUACACCGGCUAUUUUAAAAAUGAUAUCUUUUUACAGAUGAUAGCAGGACCAUGAGAUAUCUGGCUUUUGGGUUCCAUUGUUCAGCAUUUCAAAGUAAGCUUACUUGUAAUGCCCUUUCACAAUCAAGAUUACAAAGCCCUGUGGAAUUUCUAAUAAGCCUUUACAGGGAACAUGGUAGCAAGAGGCCAUUCUGUGAUUCCAUCUUUGAUCUCAAAGAGCAGCUGGUUGCUCUUCAGCUGGUUAUGGCAAAAUUAAAUAAAGAGGUGAGAGUUACAUCACAGUAGUUUGUACAGGUAUUUCAGGCAAACGAAGCAACAAAGAAGUAAGUUGAGUCAAGUGGUAUGACAGCUAAGCAAGGUGAAGCAAGGUGUAUUAUGGGAAGUCUUAAAGUGGCAAAUAGCAGAAUAGGCCACUUGCACUAACAGGUCACGUGACCAAUGCUUCCUUUAAACAAUGGGUUGGAAUCUUGCUGAUGCCAAAAAUUGACAGAGCUCAUAAAAAUUUGCUUACACCCCAGAUUUGAGAGGAAAUGCAUUUAAGGGAGAUAUGUUAUGGCACUUUGAUUUUUCAAUAAAGCAGUAUGAUUUGUAUUGGCCGCCAUGUUGGAGGGCAUACUCUUGCCCUCCAACAUGGCGGCCAAAACUACUUUUUGCUUAUAUCUUGUUAAACGUUUGAUAGUUACGCUCAGAUGUGCUGUAAACGUUUUGAAUAUCACAUCAUUUUUUCAACAUCCUCUUUGAAGUUUAAGUGCAAAGCUUGUGUUCAGAAAGAAGUAAUUCAUAAUUUUAAAAAUCACAUUUUGGUCACGUGACCAGCCAGGAACUUACUCAUUUUAAGAAAAUGGUGCAGGUUUGAAAAACCAAAUCACUAUUAUUUUGAUAUGACCCACUGAUCGUUUUUGGAAGGCAAAAUCAUAUAGCUUUCAUUUUCAUAAAAACUAUGUCACAUGACCUCUUAGUGCAAAUGGCCUAUUUGUCUGACAACACAGCACCUUAUGAGUUAAACGAGUAAAUUGUUGAAUUCUGCUGCAAUUCUUUUCAACAUGUAUUUUGAUUUAAAAACUGUCAUUAUAAUAAUAUUAUUAUAUAUUAAUAUCUUAUUAUUACUAUUACCAGUUAUUUUUUGGUCAUUUGCUUGAUUCAAAAAAGGAAAAAGGAGAGUUUAGUGUGAAGCUACAAAAUGUUUUUGAAGCACACAAGAGUAUCAUGAAAAACAAGAUAACUAUGGAUGACGACAAUGAAUCCCCAAAGCUGGUAGCUGCAUACAAUAAAUUUUUAUCACACUGCAAUGCUGUGGAUUUUGCUGAUAUCCUUCAGAGGGUAAAGACAACAUUUAUUGUUGACAGUGAUGUGAAAGACAAAUUUCAAACCUCUUAUCAGUUUGUUGCUGUUGGCAAUCCCAAAACACAACUUGAGGUGAGAUAAAGUGUCAUUUAAACUGAAAGAAGUCACACUUUUAGUAACAGGUUAGUUAUUACAUUGUAUCUAUCUAUCACAUACGUUAUUUCCUUAUACAUGACAAAUACCUAAUUGUUCCUGUAACAUUUCUUCGUAAACGUGAUUUAUUUUAUGGCUGGUUCCACUAGUAGGCAAGAGGAAAGAAAUCAUAUGUUCUGAUAUCCUAGCCAAGUAGGAUUUCCUGCUUUGGUACCACAAGAAAAUAAUACAAUGUAGUUCUCUUGACCACUAAAUCUUUUAUGUGCCAAGUUUGUUAUUCAGACAAGAUGGCUGUAUAUUGCCCUCAUUUUUUUAACUGCAAGUUUUUAUUAAUUAACCUAAGUCAACUUUGUCUUGGGCCAUGAAAAUGCAACUUGGCCAAUUAAUCCAGCCAUCUUGACACUUUAUGUGAGGUCAGCAACAUAAUUAUUAUAUCAUUGCAAUCUGUUGUUAGGAGCAAAUCCUUCACCUGAUUUCAGGAAACAAAACUAUGGUGUGCUUUACAGAGGGAAAAGGUAUGGAAGCCUUAAUAAUAAAUAUUGACUGUUUAACUCAGCUGUGAAGCUCAUACAUGUAGUAACAUUUGAGUAUGGAUGUCAAACUUCAAGAGUUUUACAUUCAUUUGAUAGUACCAUCGACAGUACCCUCAAAUUGAUAUAUUUAAUAUCUUAACACUUGCAUUUGUGGGUGGAAUCCUAUAAUGUGAUGUGACAAAUAAUAUUAUUACCUCUUUGAACAGUGGUACUCUCAGCAAUUGAAAUGACUUGCUUUUCAUCAUUUUAUUGGACACAGACAAAUAUGUGAGAUUUUUGUUACAUGUAAGACAGUGUAGACAGUGGAAAGUUUGGUCAGUUUGGUAAGUCAGAGAUGAAACAGUAUAACAGAUCAAAAUAAUUCUUCAAUUUCCUAAUUUAUUUUUAACUUUUUUUUAUUGUUUGUCAUGGUUUGUUUGAAUAAAGAUGGCCAGUAUUUACUCACUGAGAAGACAGUAGAUUCAUUUUUACAUGGAUGUCCCCAAGAGCCACAGACACACCAUUCACCUACGCCUUCAAAAAGUAGGCUACCCAACCAAACUCUACCUUCUGAAGAAGUGGCCAAGGUAAUAUAAAAAUGUAUCACAGUGUAGAUUUCUGAUACCCAUUUUGCCUGAAAGACCAAGCCUCAAAAAAGUCAGAACACACUAGGUGACAUUCUGCAGCCACACCUUGCAGCGAUAAAUUGCUUUGUGUGUACUGGAGAAUUGUUGUGCUAAUCUUUGUCUGAGUUUGCAACAGAAUUUUGUUGCUGCAACAAGUUGCACAAUUUCAUUUCUGAUUUGACUUUUUCUGGCUGCAAAAUUCCUCAGUUAGUACACUUGGAGCAAAAAUUUCUUGGAUAUGGGGCUCCACUCGUGAAGGUCUGCUAUAAUUCUAGCGACUACCAGCAAUAAAUAGCUGAUAUAAUUCUAGCAACUAUUUUACUACUGCUGUAUUAUUCUAGCUACUAUUUUUUAGCUUUCUGACUCUUUUUACAUAAACCAUUGUAUCUUUGUAAUUUUUAGAUUUUUUAUUGUUUUGGCAUUCUAUCUUGUAAAUGAAUUACUGUAUUAUUGUCACUGCAAGCCUUCUUUAGGGAGUGUCAUUAAUAAAAGUUUGUACAUGUAAAUGCCUUUAAAGCCCUGAAUGUUUAAGUCGAAACUAUGAUAAUGAGUUUUUAAUCUAUACUAAGAAGCUGGUUCCCCAAAUUCCCUUCCUAGGAUGAUAAUAAUUAUUCUGACAUUGAGUAGAUGUUAUUAUUAGAGACAUUGAGUUCCAAGCAAAAUAAUUUUGUCAUUUAUUUAAUUGAUCACAGCACACAGACAAAUAAAUGCACUUUUUUAUUUUUGUAAGCAACAAAACCAAUGUUGGCUAGUCCUUUGAUUCAAUGUUGUCUAGUCAUUUGAUUUUGGAAAAAAAAGUAUUUUACCCUACAGGAUCAGUUACUUCAAGUCUUAUUGAGUUACCUGAGGCUUCUGGUAAAUACCAGAGAUGAACUGGCUCUCUCCCAGGCUAUCAACAUUCCUCAUAGAGGCCUGGCUCAUCAGCAAUUCACAGCACUAAGAAAAGUAGCAAGGGACAAAAACAUGCCCAUGUUUCAGGUAUGUCAUUAUUAACUACAAACAUUUCAAGUUUUACCACUACCUCUCACUACCCAACCCCUGACACUCGUUACCCCUCCCCAUCAAACACACUCCCCUAAUUUGCAAUUAUAACAAAUUAACUGCUUUUUAAAUAUUAAGUAUAAGUUUCUUGCCUAUCACAAACAAAAAGGUGUGUAAGGAUGUAUGCCAGUAGCUAGGAGAAGGGGUGUUCAUGGAAGGAGGGAUCAAUAUUGCCAGCUAGAAACAUUUGAAGAGACUCGCAAGGUCACUUUCCUACCUUUUGUGUGACUGCACUUAUUGUUCACUCCGAAAGGAAGAAGCUUCACUAGACUGCGUAGCUGGCAGUUUUUUCUUUUUUAAAUUAAGAGAUACAGCCGUGCAAAAGUUAAACUGAGGUCAAGCCAGAAAAUGAUGGGAGAAAGGGUAAGGGGAGAUGGCAGUUUCUCUCUCUCUCCUCCUCACCCCCUCCCCCAUCCUUUUCUUUGUUUGAUCUUGUGUGUGGCCGAGAACCAAAAACGAAAGUAACACAGAUACUUCAAUCUAUUGUUUUUGCCAGCUAUUUUGAUAAAAAGGGUAAGGUGUGCUACAGUUUUUGUGCUUUCUACACUUGUGCUAAGGUUAUCAUUUUUUAUUGCUAACAGACAGCUGUAUCAUUUAUACUGAGGAUAAGACUGGGUGGAAAGAGUUAUGCACCUGGUGAUGACAACCCACUUCUUUCUUUAACCAAGGUAAAGAGGCUGACAUUCAAGCUUACGGAUAAUGUAAAAUGUAAAGUAGAAACAAUAACAAGGCUAAGCUUUAUGAAAAAAAACAAGGGAGCCAAGUGUUCUGAACUGAGUGUGAAAUCCAGGGUGCUCAUCAUGUAUAAUUUUAUGCCAAACCAAGAUUUUCAAGUCGCCUGUGAGCAAAUUAAGGCACUAGAGGCCACCAGGUGCUGCUAAAGCACAGCUCUGAUUAAAAUUCUUGCCCUCUCAUCCAUGACAUUUCAUUUACAUGACUGUUCACCUCUCUCUAGGGCCUAGGAGAAUUUGUGACCUUCUUUCAGAAGCUGCAAAAUAUCUGUGAAGAAACAGCUGAUGCAAAGUAAGAUAAGUAACUGCUUCACUUAUUCAUGAAUUGGAUAAGCAGUUUUCUAACUGAAAAGUCAAAAUUUGCCAAUAAUUUUCAGAGCUGCUGUGCUAAGGAUAUUGAACAUACUGAGAGUCAGCAUCUCAAAAUCCAAAGAGAAAGUCUUCACAAGUGAAUGCCUGACUAGAACAGUGGAAAGCCUCCAACAAAAGGUGGAACAACUAAGCAGUGAAACCUAUAACAGUGAUAAAGUAAAAUCAACAAUGGCAGGAAUGAAUGUGUACUUCUUGAUUCAGAGCAUCUUGGACCAACAAGUGAAGGACACAUGCAUGCAAGAUUACCAAACAAGCAAUGUGAGUUGUGCACUGACGACACCAGAAACAACUCAUGGAAAGUCUAAAGUGAGAUCAUUACUCACUCAGUUCAGGUACAUUGUGUACUUAAACUACCAGAAGUGUACUAGAUCUAUCAACUACAGUGUACAUUAAAGGCCUCAGGCAAAUUUGUGUGCUUCAUAUAAAAAAAAUAUUUUUAUUUUAUUACUUACCAUGCAAUAAUCAUAUCCCUAGGUAACAUUUGUUUCUGUGCUGGUCAGCAGAAGUCAAGUGUUACAGUACUGUCCAGGAAAUUUUCUUAAAAUUCAGAAAUCACAUCUUGUUCUCAAUUUUUGCACCCAUAGUCAUUAAUACAGCCAUUGUUUAGUGUUAACUAUUAUUUUUUUACUAACUAACUAAACAGAGCUGUCUCUAAGAUUUCCCCCUGCCAGGUAUAUGCAAUAAUUUAGUAAGCAAGGAAUUGAACAACUACAGGAAGUUCUUUUGGUUCUGCUGUGCUAAGUAUCCGGUGGUCAGCCAUGCUCGUAGUAGCCAGGGGAAAUCCCUAGGCCCAAGAUCUUAGUGAUAGCCCUGACCUUAAGGUGCUUAACCAUUACUGCCAGACCAGUUCAUUCAUAAAUAGAAUUCUAGUGAACCAAAAAUUGUCAAGCUAAACCAGUCUACACUAUUCCUAAAUUAAUAGUAAUUUCAUUUCCAAAGUGACCAGUCUACCUGGUCAGUUCAGACUUUUGAUUAGUGGCCAGUAGAGAAUUUUUGUUGUUGUUGUUGUUAAGUUUUUUUAUCAUUAUUAUUUCUUGUCACCAUCAUUUUUCUCCGUUAGAACACCUGAUGCUGAGUCUCUGAAGGAAGAUGUUCCACCAGCCGAGGAUUUGCAGCCAUCAAAACCCAUUAAGGUUAGUUAUUGAACUAUCCACUCAGUAAAAAUAAUAGUGUAUAAUAUUAUGUGCACGGUUCACAGUCCUCUAUUUUUCCGUAAGAUCGUCAAGAUCGAGCGCUUUGUGUUACAGGCUGCCAUCUUACAUGGGUGUCAAAACCACUUAGGGCACGGGGGCGGUUUGGGAGGAAGCAAUUUGAAAAUCAAGAUGGCCGCUGUUAACGGUAAGACAUGCUAUAUCUCAACGAUCUCACGGAAAAAUAGGGGACUAUGAACAGUUUAAAUAUUACAAGUAUUAAUUUACACUUAUUGAACACAUGCAUUAAAACUAUAAAAAUUUCAUCAACAAAAAUUCAGUCAAGGCACAGUAUAGUGUAAGCUGUAAACAUCUGGAGGGAAAACAUUAUCAGUGCUGGGAAGGAUAAUUGUCGUGUCAAAAGUUUUAUAAAAACCAAAAGCUUAGCAAUAUUUGGUGUUACAUUUUUGUUUUUCACAAGAUUAACCAUGAUUGAUUAUGACUGUUGAUCACCUGGCAGACAUUUUAAUACAGUUUUACUGUCAGUUGUUCAGUUAAAUCAAACUGCUGCAAUGUUGUUUUUCAUUGACAGAAACCUUUCGAGAGCUACAGAAAAGUGUGUGGAGACAUGAGCUGGGCUAAACCUGCCGUCAGUAUCAAGAUUGGAUUAAGUCCGGACAUCAAGAGAGACAAAAUGAUGAUGGAAGCAGUUAAAAAUGAUAUUAUCUCGUCCUUUAAAGGCAGCGUAAAUGAACACCGUGUUGAAGGUACACCAAAGUGUCGUACCAAGAAAAGAACACUAACGGAAUCCAUGAAUGACAAAGAAAACUUACCUGCUGGUAAUCACACUGACCAGGGUUGUGAUGGAAAAGAAAUGUCCAAAUCACCAGCAGCCAAACGAAUGCUCCUUGAUAGAGACACAACUGGAAGAAAGAACACUAAAACCAAAGCUACAGGGAAAAUACACACUAAAAGAAAAAAGAUUGCAUUACUUCAAGGACAAAGGCAGCUUACCAAUUUCUUUAGGUGA